GCCGCACGGAGUUGCGUCCCGGGGACUUGGGGCCGCAGGGAGGUGAGCGCGAGGCGACGAGCGGGGCAGGGCUCACGGCCGCCCAGCCGCAGGCGCCGGAAGGGUCCCGAGGUUGUGCCUGAGCCUGCCCUGGAGCGGUGGUGCGCGGCCAGGAAGGGUGCCCAGUGCCCGGUGCCCGCCCUGCGGAGCGCCUGGGUCCCACGUGGGCUCGGCUGGAGGCCCGGGCUGGCUCGGACGGCGCCGGCGGGGCCGCUGGACCCGGUCUGCUGGCCCCUAGGGCUCGGCUCGGACAGGACGCCUAAGGGGUCCCUGGGCGACGGGGCGGCAGAUGUAGGGGCAAGACGAUUGGGCAGAGAUUUAAACCUCCGGAGGAAGAGAGGAGACUGCGCAGGGCAGUCCCGCCUGCGUCCCAGAAGUGCCUGCAGUUCAGACCCUUCUCUCCCCUCCACUUUCUCCCGGGUUCCCAGACCAGAGGACUGUUGUUAGGUGAUCGUCUGUGAACGCCCUGAGGCCAGUGCCCCUCGCUGCUUGGCACUCGGAGAUGCCUGAUUAGCACCUUUAAUCCCUUACCAGUGAGCUGUGAGUACCCAGGAAGCUGCACCGUGUGGCCUGGAGCCGUCUAUCUGUCCUUCCAGCCACCUGUCUGUCCAGCCACCCUUCCACAGACUGAGGCUUGACGCCGGAGCAUCUGUACAGAGCAAGGAGAAGACAAGAACAUGCUCUAAAGCCCUUCACAGCAAGACCCAGGAAGCCGCGGGCAAACUCAGACUCGAAGCCCUCCCGCCUCCUGCCGACAAUGGCCUCUGCUGACAAGAAUGGCGGGAGCGUGUCCUCUGUGUCCAGCAGCCGCCUGCAGAGCCGGAAGCCACCCAACCUCUCCAUCACCAUCCCGCCACCCGAGAAAGAGACCCAGGCCCCUGGCGAGCAGGACAGCAUGCUGCCUGAGAGGAAGAACCCAGCCUACUUGAAGAGCGUCAGCCUCCAGGAGCCACGCAGCCGAUGGCAGGAGAGUUCAGAGAAGCGCCCCGGCUUCCGCCGCCAGGCCUCACUGUCCCAGAGCAUCCGCAAGGGCGCAGCCCAGUGGUUUGGAGUCAGCGGCGACUGGGAGGGGCAGCGGCAGCACUGGCAGCGCCGCAGCCUGCACCACUGCAGCGUGCGCUACGGCCGCCUGAAGGCCUCGUGCCAGCGUGACCUGGAGCUCCCUAGCCAGGAGGCACUGUCCUUCCAGGGCACUGAGUCCCCAAAGCCCUGCAAGAUGCCCAAGAUUGUGGAUCCGCUGGCCCGGGGCCGGGCCUUCCGCCACCCGGAGGAGAUGGACAGGCCCCACGCCCCGCACCCACCGCUGACCCCCGGAGUCCUGUCCCUCACCUCCUUCACCAGUGUCCGUUCUGGCUACUCCCACCUGCCACACCGCAAGAGAAUGUCUGUGGCCCACAUGAGCUUGCAAGCUGCCGCUGCCCUCCUCAAGGGGCGCUCGGUGCUGGAUGCCACCGGACAGCGGUGCCGGGUGGUCAAGCGCAGCUUUGCCUUCCCGAGCUUCCUGGAGGAGGAUGUGGUCGAUGGGGCAGACACGUUUGACUCCUCGUUUUUCAGUAAGGAAGAAAUGAGCUCCAUGCCUGAUGAUGUCUUUGAGUCCCCCCCACUCUCUGCCAGCUACUUCCGAGGGAUCCCACACUCAGCCUCCCCUGUCUCCCCCGAUGGGGUGCAAAUCCCUCUGAAGGAGUAUGGCCGAGCCCCAGUCCCCGGGCCCCGGCGCGGCAAGCGCAUCGCCUCCAAGGUGAAGCACUUUGCCUUUGAUCGGAAGAAGCGGCACUACGGCCUCGGCGUGGUGGGCAACUGGCUGAACCGCAGCUACCGCCGCAGCAUCAGCAGCACUGUGCAGCGGCAGCUGGAGAGCUUCGACAGCCACCGGCCCUACUUCACCUACUGGCUGACCUUCGUCCAUGUCAUCAUCACGCUGCUGGUGAUUUGCACGUAUGGCAUCGCACCCGUGGGCUUUGCCCAGCACGUCACCACCCAGCUGGUGCUGCGGAACAAAGGUGUAUACGAGAGCGUGAAGUACAUCCAGCAGGAGAACUUCUGGGUUGGCCCCAGCUCGAUUGACCUGAUCCACCUGGGGGCCAAGUUCUCACCCUGCAUCCGGAAGGACCGGCAGAUCGAGCAGCUGGUGCUGCGGGAGCGAGACCUGGAGCGGGACUCAGGCUGCUGUGUCCAGAAUGACCACUCCGGAUGCAUCCAGACCCAGCGGAAGGACUGCUCGGAGACUUUGGCCACUUUUGUCAAGUGGCAGGAUGACACUGGGCCCCCCAUGGACAAGUCUGAUCUGGGCCAGAAGCGGACUUCGGGGGCUGUCUGCCACCAGGACCCCAGGACCUGCGAGGAGCCAGCCUCCAGCGGUGCCCACAUCUGGCCCGAUGACAUCACUAAGUGGCCGAUCUGCACAGAGCAGGCCAGGAGCAACCACACAGGCUUCCUGCACAUGGACUGCGAGAUCAAGGGCCGCCCCUGCUGCAUCGGCACCAAGGGCAGCUGUGAGAUCACCACCCGGGAAUACUGUGAGUUCAUGCACGGCUAUUUCCAUGAGGAAGCAACACUCUGCUCCCAGGUGCACUGCUUGGACAAGGUGUGUGGGCUGCUGCCCUUCCUCAACCCUGAGGUCCCAGAUCAGUUCUACAGGCUCUGGCUGUCUCUCUUCCUACACGCUGGCGUGGUGCACUGCCUCGUGUCUGUGGUCUUUCAAAUGACCAUCCUGAGGGACCUGGAGAAGCUGGCCGGCUGGCACCGUAUCGCCAUCAUCUUCAUCCUCAGUGGCAUCACAGGCAACCUCGCCAGUGCCAUCUUUCUCCCAUACCGGGCAGAGGUUGCAGGCCCAGCCCAGGCCACCCACCUGAUGCCUGAAGCCACGUCUCCCCUGCCCCGCCCCAGGUGGGCCCGGCCGGCUCACAGUUCGGCCUCCUUGCCUGCCUCUUCGUGGAGCUCUUCCAGAGCUGGCCGCUGCUGGAGAGGCCCUGGAAGGCCUUCCUCAACCUCUCAGCCAUCGUGCUCUUCCUGUUCAUCUGCGGCCUCCUGCCCUGGAUCGACAACAUCGCCCACAUCUUCGGCUUCCUCAGUGGCCUGCUGCUGGCCUUCGCCUUCCUGCCCUACAUCACCUUCGGCACCAGCGACAAGUACCGCAAGCGGGCACUCAUCCUGGUGUCACUGCUGGCCUUUGCCGGCCUCUUUGCCGCCCUCGUGCUGUGGCUGUACAUCUACCCCAUUAACUGGCCCUGGAUCGAGCACCUCACCUGCUUCCCCUUCACCAGCCGCUUCUGCGAGAAGUAUGAGCUGGACCAGGUGCUGCACUGACCGCCGGGCCACGCGGCUGCCCCUCAGCCCUGCUGGAACAGGGUCUGCCUGCGAGGGCUGCCCUCUGCAGAGCGCUCUCUGUGUGCCAGAGAGCCAGAGACCCAAGACAGGGCCCGGGCUCUGGACCUGGGUCCCCCCCUGCCAGGCGAGGCUGACUCCACGUGAGAUGGUUGGUUAAGGCGGGGUUUUUCUGGGGCGUGAGGCCUGUGUGAUCCUGACCCAAGCUCAGGCACACCCAAGGCACCUGCCUCUCUGAGCCUUGGGUCUCAGUUCCUAAUAUCCCGCUCCUUGCUGAGACCAUCUCCUGGGGCAGGGUCCUUUUCUUCCCAGGGUCCUCAGCGCUGCCUCUGCUGGUGCCUUCUCCCCCACUACUACUGGAGCGUGCCCUUGCUGGGGACGUGGCUGUGCCCUCUGUUGCCCCCAGGGCUGGGUGCCCACCAUGCCCCUUCCUCUUUCUCCUCCUACCUCUGCCCUGUGAGCGCAUCCAUAAGGCUCUCAGAUGGGACAUUGUGGGAAAGGCUUUGGCCAUGGUCUGGGGGCAGAGAACAAGGGGGGAGACAUAAGUAGACCUCAGGUAGAACGGGACUGGGCGGAGCUACCCCAGGGCCUGCUCCCACGGGGUGCUCGAGGCGCAUCAGGCCCGUUUUUUACCAGUUUAUAUCACGGUCUUCAUUUUUAAAAGUAACGCUAACUUUGUAUGGACGAUGUCUCAUGGAUUAAAUAAUAUUCUUUAUGGCA